AUGUUACAUCAUAAAGAAUAUCCUACUAUUUCAAAGCGACAAAACCUUGAAAAAUUUGCAAUUAGUAAUAAUGAAUAUGUUAAUUUAGAUAUUUCAGUUGACCUUUCAAAUCUCAUUGAAGGUGUAAAAUUUAUAGUAUUGAGCACCUUUAACGAUUGGAAAGAAGAAGAAUUGGAGUUUUCGCGUUUUAAUGAUGUUGUGAGAUGUCGUAACAAAACCGACGAGAGAUUUGAGGUUGUCAUUCGUGUCUACGGAAAGGAUUCACAUAUAUUUGUUGAUCGUGGGCAAGAGAUUAGAAAUUUAUUAGUAUUGUCGAAAGCGGGAUUAUCAACUCCACUUUACGCAAAAUUCAAAAAUGGACUCGUAUAUGGAUUCGUACCUGGUAAAUCUUUGACUCUUGAAAAUCUUAAGGAUCCAUUUAUUUCGGCUCAAAUCGCGAAGCAAUUGGCAAAGCUUCAUAAAGUGAAUAUCAAAGAUAGCUGUAAAGAACAGAUUUUAUUUCGUAAAAUAUACAGCUGGCUAAAUAAAGUACCCGAGAAAUACACAAAUCCAAAAAAGAACAAGAUGUUUCAUCAGCAUUUUAACUUGAAACAAUCAAAGAAGAGGAAAGCUGCUUAUCUAGAAUGCGAAGUCGCUAAAAUAAAUUCACCUAUCGUCUUUUGUCACAACGACUUAUUGUACACAAACAUAAUUUAUCAAGAACCUGAAAAGAAGGUAUCGUUUAUUGAUUACGAGCAUGGAUCUUUUAAUUAUCGUGGAUUUGAUAUCGGUCUUCAUUUUAUUAAUUUUGCAGGUUUUCACUUUGAUUACAGUCUAUAUCCAAAGAAAGAUUUUCAACUUGUAUGGCUACGACAUUAUCUUGUUUCGCUUCAUCCAGAAAUAAACAUUAUAGAAGAACAAGUAGAUGAACUUUAUCGUGAAGUAUCGAAAUUCGCGCUCGUUUCGCUUUUUUAUUGUAGCGUUUGGGUUCUUGUCAUUGCUGAAGUCACAGAUUUAGACUUUAUGCAAUACGCGAUUAAAGCUAUGACUGUGUAUUAUCGUCAACGUGAUGAAAUUUUUGCACUCUAA